AAAAAUAAAUAAGGUAAAUGUUACAUGUCUCCCGCACCCUUAGAAUCGAGCUACAGACAUCCAAGCCACUCCUACCCCACUCACCCGUGCUACACACCGCCUCCAUGCCUUUGACCGGCCUAUGGCCGUGCUCGGAUUGCCUUCUCAGCCUCCACUUCAAGCCUGCGUUCCCUGGGCAGGUCAUCCAACCCUAGAUCCACCACACGUCAUGCCCAACCAACCUUGGUUACUUUGCGAGUUCACCUCCAUCCUGAGUGGACGCUCAGACAAGACCGCCAGAGCUGCAGAUCUGGGAGGUUCGCUGCACCAACUUGAUGCUCAGUACAUACUUUUGAAAAUAAACCGCAUUGUUGAGAUUUGAGAAAAUCUCAUAAAGCUGCUAAAAAGAACUGGCCAGAGCAGUGUGAUUUUAGAGGCGACUGACAAAAGGUAGCUGCGCGGCCCAGGAUGCCCUCAUGGCCCGGGGUGAAUGGCGCUGGCUUCGCGGUGGCCGAGUAGGCUCCGCGCCAGGCCUCGUCCCGGACUUACCCUGCGACCCUGGCCCUCCGCGCGCCGCAGCCGCCCUCGGUUGCUAUUGGUUGCUCGUCCUGUUUGUCCGAGCUUCUCUAAGAUGGGGGCGAAACUGUAAUUGAAUGUGUCGGUGCUUAUUAGUUAUUCUGUCAGUCGAUCACGAGGUGCCGCUUUCUUCAUUCUUCAUUGGCUGGCGGACUGAGGGGCGGGCUUGGCGCCCCGGUCGUCCAGACAUGGCGGACAGCAGCGGCUGGCAGCCGCCGCGCCCCUGCGAGGCCUACCGCGCCGAGUGGAAGCUAUGCCGCAGCGCCAGGCACUUCCUGCACCACUACUACGUCCACGGCGAGCGGCCGGCCUGCGAACAGUGGCGGCGCGACCUGGCCAGCUGCCGCGACUGGGAGGAGCGCCGGAGCGCCGAGGCCCAGCAAUCCCUCUGUGAGAGCGAGCGGGCACGAGUCCAGGCUGCACGGAAGCACAUCCUGGUGUGGGCCCCGAGGCAGAGCCCCCCUCCAGACUGGCAUCUCCCUCUGCCGCAGGAGAAGGACGAGUGACAAGCACCCCUGCCAUUGGCCUGUGCAGCUUCCUUGGUCUGUUUCAAGUUGCUGUUGCAUAACCCUGGGGACUGUGACAGCCUACACAGUCUAGUGGGUCCCUGUGAGCUCUUGCUGGGUUUGGAACAUGGAGCAGGACAUUGCUGGUCCUACUUGCCCACCCCUCACCAGCCUGCAGGGUACCCUGACGCUGCGAUGUUCUGCAGGACAAUUGCACCGCUUCAGAGCUUCCAGGAGGCCAAGCAUUAUGGCCAGGUACCUGUGAGCAGCCAGGUCAGGCUGGGCACAGUAGCAUAGGAGAUGGCGGUCCUGAGGUCUAGGCUUCUCAGGUAAACUGAAGGGUAGCCCUGACCUGUGUGGACACACAGGUGGGUCAUAAUGAGGUAGCUAAACAGUUGCGCCACUGUGAAUGUCUUUCCUAGUCCUUGGGAAACUGCCUGCUAUGUCUCAGGUUUGGUGAACAUUGUGAGUACUCACACUCUGCUCCACUCAGUUCCACUGCACAUGCAGGCAGGUGUGCCGAGCAGGCAGGGCUUGCUGGCCCCUCUACACCAGCAGGCUUCACUUGUUAGGCUCCCAGGUCCGCCCCUGGAGACUCUAGUUUUUAAGAAAUGCACACAGCUACAGAACACACAACGUUACAUAAAGAGGGUUUGUGGACUCACCUUAAGAAAUCCAAGUCCAAGACAUGUGGAAUUAAGGACUCCUUCCCUCAAAAAAAUUUCCCCUGGUGGUUAAUGUAUCAAAAGCCAUUUCAUCUGAUUUCAAAUAGAAGCUGAAAAUUAAGUUUACAUUUGUUAGAUUUUAUAUAUAACAGUGUUGUGUCUGGACAGUGUUAGAAAUUUGUAUGCUUAUUCUCUUGUAGGUGUUUUAAAAUGUAUGAACCACCAAAAACACUAUUUCUCGAAGAGGUUUCUUUACUACUAAUAGAAUGGUUUCUCAUCCUGUGGUGACCCUGUUAUGUGAUGCUGAGGGCUAGGCUGGGUCUGUGCCCAGCACCCUCCCUGCUCUCUUCCUGGACACGGGCACCAAGUUGAAUAUCUUUAAAUUUGUUCUUUGGGGUAGAACAAUCUAUCACUUCAGAAGGGUGUCCAUUAAAGAACAGUAUUUCCCUGCUUGAGUGUUUUCUCCUGUGCUCCCUAAGAGCCCCUGUCUGUGUCUGUGAACGGUGGGGGUGGGGGUUGUGUUCACGGGAUCCCAAGAGCAGGAGCAUCUACAGCGGAGCCAGCGUUCCCCCAUCAUCAGGGGAGUAUUGAUGUGUCUAAGGCAACCAAGGUGCCUCCAGCAUGGCUGUGGCUGGAUUAAUGAGCAUUUCCACCCAGUGAGGGAAGAGAAGACUGCUAGAGAUCUACAAGGUUUUUCUUACUCUUAAACACAGGGAAGGGGCAUCUGAAUUUGCAGUCUGCUGUAAUCCCAGCACUUUGGGAGGCCGAGGCGGGUGGAUCACUUGAGGUCAGAAGUUCGAAACCAACCUGGCCAACAUGGUGAAACUCCAUCUCUAUUAAAAAUACAAAACUUAGCUGGGCAUGGUGGCAUGCGCCUGUGAUCCCAGCUACUCCGGAAGCUAAGACAUGAGAAUCACUUGAACCCCAGAGGCAGAGGUUGCAGUGAGCUGAGAUCGUGCCACUGCACUCCAGCCUAGGCAACAGAGUAAGACUCUGUCUCAAAAAUAAAAUAAUAAAAUGAAUUGGCAGUCUGCAUGUGAUGCCUGGGAUUGCAGCAGCUGCCUUCAGGUUCAUGGGGCAGAGCUGGAGAGUGCAGCAAAAGCCAGGGCAUGCCAGCCAGCACCCCAGUCCAUGAGGGGCCUUCCCUCAGUGCAGCCAUGCUCCCUGCCACCUGCUUGUUUAGCAAGGUAUGCAGUGUGCGACUGCAUGCUCGGUUAGGAAGCAUUGAGUCCUGCCUCUGUAGUGCGACUGUCAUAUUUUGCCUCCUUCUUCACUACUCAAGUUCCACAUCAGCAGAUAAUCUCUCUGGACAGGAUGUUCCUGCAUUUGUUGCUAUGGCAAUUCCUUCACAACAUCUGAGUGUCCACAUGUUGGACAGGGUUUGGGGCUUACAAGACCACAGUUUCGAAACAGACAAGUUGUCUUCAAAGAGUUUCUGUUGUAGUUUGGGGAAAAGACAGACAUUAAA